UUCCCAUCAGGCCCCGCGGCGGCUCUGGCUGGUGUUUCUGCAGUUCCUCCGAUGUUCAUCAGCAAAAUAAUUAAUCGCUGUAAGAGGUCCAGCCAUGUCUGAACUGUUUAUGGAAUGUGAGGAGGAGGAGCUGGAGCCAUGGCAGAGGGCAAUACCUGAAAUCAGUUUGAUUGAUGACGAUGAUGACGACGAGCCGAUAUUUGUGGGGGAAAUCUGCAGUUCCAAGCCCACACUUAACAGCAGACCAACUGUUGGCAACCAAACAAAUGCCACAUUUCAAAGGCCCUCUACAAUGACUUCACCACAGAAGUCUGUUCAGGUUCAGAUGAACUCUGCCAAGCAGCCUGCAGCGCCUCAGCUCACAGUCAGAGGUUCAUCACAGUCAACUGGUAGCUCUGUCCUCAUCCCUGUGAGCUCCCCGUCAGGACCACUGCAGGCACCCAGAACACUAAACACGGUUUCCCCUCAGCCCAUCAUCAUCAAUAAGCAGGGUUACAUAGUGGCGUCACCGCAGAACCUCAACAAUAACUCCACAUUCAUCACCUCGCUGGGGUCUCAGUAUCCACCAGGCACAUCCUUCACUGUUCUUCCAGCAGCAGGUCAGCAGAUCGUGCAGCAGGUUCCUGCUAAGCCAAAGCCAGUGCCAGGUGUCAUCCACAGGCCCCAAGUGCAGCUCAUCCAGAACAAUGUAGUGACCCUGUCCAAUGUUCAGGGUCCUGCCGAAAUCCCAGCCCAGUCCCACUCCGCUUCCAACCUGCAGAGCAUUCAGCUCAUCCCCCAGAGCAAGCCCAGCAUCAUGGGGCCUUCCAAACAGAUGACACCAACUUUACAAGCUGUGAACAAUCGUGAUAAUGGCAAAAUGAAACGAAUUAUUCUGCCUGAAACAAACAACGGUACUUCCAAAAGAACCAAAAUUGACACUGAGAACGAGACUCCCUUGAGUAGGAAAUGUCCCAAAUGUCACAUUCACUUCAACUUUAUGGACCCAUUAAAGAGUCACAUGCGGUCAUGCUGCCCUCAUUUACUGGACACUACCUUCCCAUCGACUUCAAAGCCGGAUAAUAAAACUUCAGCCCCAGCAAGAAUGUAUGACAUGGAGCGAGGCAAGCUGAUCAUGCUGGUGUCCGACUUCUACUAUGGGAAAUGUGAGGGUGAUCAGUCGGUCACUAGGGAGCAGAAGUCCAACACUACCUUUAAGUGCAACAGCUGUUUGAAAACCCUCAAGAACAACAUAAGGUUUAUGAAUCACAUGAAGCAUCAUCUGGAGCUAGAGAAGCAGAACAGUGAGAGCUGGGAGAGUCACACCACAUGUCAGCACUGUUAUCGGCAGUAUUCCACACCAUUCCAGCUGCAGUGCCACAUAGAGAGCGCCCACAGCCCCUACGAGUCCACCACUAACUGUAAGAUUUGUGAAUUGGCCUUUGAGACAGAGCAAGUCCUCCUGGAGCACAUGAAGGACAAUCACAAACCGGGGGAGAUGCCAUACGGCUGUCAGGUCUGUAACUACAGGUCCUCAUUCUUCUCCGACGUGGAGACGCAUUUCCGUACCGUCCAUGAAAACACUAAAGAUCUCCUCUGUCCUUUCUGCCUCAAAGUCUUGCGCAGUGGCCACAUGUACAUGCAACACUACAUGAAACACCAGAAAAAAGGAAUUCAACGCUGUGGAAAAUGCAGAUUGAAUUUUCUCACCUACAAGGAGAAAGUCGAGCACAAAACGCUCUAUCAUCGAACUUAUAAGAAACCGAGAAGCCUUGAAGGACUGCCACCAGGAACUAAGGUGACAAUUCGAGCCUCGCUCACUGGAGGGUCCCCUAUGUCUCCUGGCGCUCCAGGCAAGUCAUAUGUGAACCUCGUCCCCACAAGCGCCGAAACGGCCAAACCGGUUACUCACAAAAACUCUUACAUGGGGAGGGCAAAGACGAACCCAACCAAUAAAAAUCGGACGUCCCCUCACAACCAUGAGCUCAAAGGCUUGAAACUUACACCUGGAGUACACAAAUGCACCGAGUGUCAAAGUGAGGUUACCGACCCGUAUGUCCAUUAUCCUCUGUCGCUGAAAUGCUCUGUAUGCAAGUAUCGGACAAGCUGUCAGAAGUCUUUCGGGCAACAUAUGUUGAGGUUUCACAGCAGCUCCUCAAAACAGCGGUUAGCCAAGGUGAAGAGGCCCUUGCGUGGUGUAAGGAGCCUGACCCUUGUUUGUUUAAACUGUGAGUUCUUGGCGGAUGCGACUAAUACAGACCGCAUGUGUGAGCACCUGCUUAGCAGACCCAACCACACCUGCCAGAUCAUUUUAGAGACAGAUGAGGAAUCAGCAGUGGAGAGGCGUGCUGUAACCGACUCUGAUACGGCUGGGGCUCUAGCUCUGAUUGAAGUCGUGAGCUGUUCUGACAGGUCUGUUGGAACCAAAGAAGACUCCUCUCAAGAAUUGCCUGUGAAAUCAGGCUCGAAUGAUAUUGAACCCCUCAUUGCUGAAGUGUGGAGCGAAGAACCUGAGUUCCAGCCGGGAGAGAAGGAAAUGGAAGAAUGCGACGAUGAUCCGAUAGAAAACGGAGAGAAGCCGGCUCAGGCGGGUGACCAAGAAGCUGAAGGUAAGACUGAGGAGGCCGCAGAGACCAUCGAGUCCACGGCCAAGGACGGCUGCGAUGUCGAAGCGGCUGAAGAUGCCCCACCAGCUUUGGACACAGGAGCGUCCCUGAGCUCCACUGGUUCUGAGGCAGAUGGGGCCACUGUGACUGUAGACGACUUCCUGAAUAAAACUGACAAAGCGGAGUCUGUGAGCGUUCACUCGCCUCUGGAACCCCUCACUCCAUCCAAGGUUUUAGAAUGUGAUGCUGUAGAGAAUGUGCAAGAAACGAAGGAGGACAGUUCACCUAAUCAUGAGACAAAGGUGGAGGAGGAGCCCUCUGACUCUGGACCUGAUAAUCCUCUGGAACCUUCCGUCUCGGAGUAGAGGCGAGCAAGGAUGCUACAGAGCGCCUUCGUUUUUCACUUUUUACACCUUUUCCCUCUUUUUAAUUUUAAUCUAGCUAUGAGGAUUAUCAAGCAAGUCGACUGUUGAAGACUUCUGAGUGAUCUGGAGUGUUCCAGUGUUUUUUUUUUUUGUUUUUUUUUUUUUUUUGGAGAUCAUGAAAACAUGCUGUCUGUGGUGAUUAAAGAAGCUUGACUGUGUUACUGUACCUUACUUCAAUACAAAGUAUUGCCUUCCAUCAGAAAUCAUUCUCCAUUUCAGACAUGAACUGAGAAGACUGGGAAAUCACAUGUAUUACCUAAUAUACACUCGUUUCUUAACCUUUUGCCCCAGUUCUGGCUUUUGUUAACGUAGGGCUGUUAACUGGCACGCGGAGAACCAGAGACAAUUACCAGCUGUACCUUUUUAUUUUGUAUUUUAGAUGAGAACGUGACUGAGUGUAUAGUAUUAUACCACAUUGUACGCUGUACUUGAGUGAUAAAACCCUCUCAGAAAUGGAAACAUGCUUUAUCUUCG